AUUGCUCUCGUUAGAAGCGUGUUGCGUCCAUGUCUAUGAAGUAUCGUAGUGUGCAUAUCACUGGCUGAUCGACCGAGAGACGAUUGAUUUAUAGUGUAUUUAUGAAAUAAACAUCCAAUUUAUUGGGGUACAUGUCACGAAAAUAAUCAGAAUUUGGUAUUCUCCUUAUAACACACAUGUCUACUGUAACGGGACACUUAUGAUGUUGAGUCCUGACUCUAUAGAAAUAAUUAGAUAUGAUGUGGAUUCAUGUUAUGUUAAUAUUGUCUCUGAUCAUCGACAAGGAAUUAUCUCGAGGACAUCGUAUAGAACCUGAAUUCCAAAUGAAUGCAAAAUUAGAGAGUUCAAAUAAAGAAUACGUUCUGGAAAAUGGUUUAAAAAAGUCUUCGUAUUCUGAAUGGGCGCGUUGGAGUGCAUGCCUCGGUGGUCACAAAACGAGGCGGCGACACUGCUUACAUCGGCACAUUUGUGGAGAUUCGCUCCGAAUACAAGUCGCAAGUUGCGGUGUCUUACGUCGGACACACAAGCCGAGCAAAAUGCAAGGAAAUGACAAACAACAUAUACUUAUGCCCAAGUUACGGCAGCUGGAUGCAAAAGACGUUCAGAGAAAGUUUCUAGGAUUCUCUCCCUGGAGCACUUGGACUCGAUGUUCCAGAAAAUGUACUACUAUAAGGCGAAGACAUUGUUUGAAGCCAGCUGUAUGCGGACGAAAAGUAAUACGACAGUCUGCGUAUUGCUACUUGGAGGAUAGCUUUUGCUAUCAGUGGAUUCGUGGCAGAAUGCAGCGACGAAAGGACCCAGAAAAUAAUGUCGUUGAGACUAUGCCCGAGCCAGUGCCAGCUAUACAUCCAGAAGAUUCUCGAGCGCUAUCCUCGAAACUACCACCUUGCGGUAAACUCGGCAGAUACCGUGGUUCUCCGUAUGGUCGACUUCGAGCUAAAAUGAAAGAAAUGGUCCGCAUUAUAGGAGGUAGGGCAGCGCCACCGGGAAAGUGGAUUUGGCAAGUCGCAGUCCUAAAUCGGUAUAAGGAAGCUUUUUGUGGUGGCACACUGGUAGCGUUACGGUGGGUGGUGACAGCGGCUCACUGCGUAAGGAAACGCCUUUACGUACGACUGGGGGAACACGACUUGCUCGUGCGCAGCCACGGUGAGAUCGAGAUGAGAGUUACUGAGGCUGUCAUACAUCCCCACUACGACCCAGACACUGUCGUAAACGAUGUUGCUUUACUGAGAUUGCCUGAGCCAGCCAGACCCGAUCUAGGACAUGGAGUUGCUUGCUUACCCAAGCCGCAUCAGAUAUUACCGCCACAUUCGACAUGUAUAAUAUUAGGAUGGGGAAAGAAACGCCCGACUGACGUACACGGUACAAGAAUACUUCAUGAAGCUCAGGUAUCCACGAUACAGCAGGGCGUUUGUCGUCGCUCUUACUGGCAAUAUGCUAUAACAGACAACAUGAUGUGCGCAGGGCGUGGUCACCGGGACUCUUGCGCCGGGGAUUCCGGCGGUCCCCUGUUAUGCCGGGACCGAAAUAUGCGAUACUUUUUACAGGGUAUUACGAGUUUUGGUGACGGAUGUGGUAAACGAGGCAAAUACGGAAUAUACACAAGGACAUCCGGCUACGUGUCGUGGAUGCGUGACGUCAUGAAUAACAAUUACUUCGACGACUGAUUAUAAAGAUAAUUAAUCAAAGUGACAUUUGAGAUGUUAAUUUAUUUUAGUCGGAACGUUUUCUCAGGCAGAAGCUACAAUUAUUUUUUACAGGCGUUAAAGAGGAACUUGACCUAUAAAAAUACUCGUAAAUUAUUAGCUAUGUUUAUAAUAUAUUUUGCAUACAUAGCUAUUAUGUACAAUCCUCGUUAUGAAAUUCGCUUAGUCUAACAAUUUCAAUUGUUAAUUGCUUUAAGUUCUCGGGCAAUUCUAUGUUUGUUAAACAAAUCGGUAAUUGUUUUCGUACUCCUCAAAGUCAUUGUACAUCAGAAACCGAUGUAUCAUGAAUAAGCAGAA